UAAACGGGAAAUGAUUCGCUAUGACACAUCAGAAGCACAAUAAUCGUGAAACAGCAAGCACACAAGUUUUUGCUCAACGAAACAGAAAUUCUUGUUCGUUGCCAACUGAAAUUUUUGAAGGAAAGACAUCAAAUCUUAAUACACAGACAGGCUUAUACCAAAGCAAUGGCCACCGCACACUUGCCCAUCCAAAAGUCCAAGUAUUAUGAACAUAACGGCGAGCCCGGCUGUCAGGGUCUGGAGGAGCUGAAUCGCAUGUUUCGUAAUUUCUGGGAUCCCACAUCAUUCUGGAUCUGCGAUAAGCAAGGGACGCGAGCACGCCUUCAACGCUGUCCGCAAUCACAGCUCUACUCCGAGGAACUUGGUCGCUGUAUACACUACGCCGACUGGAGCUGGACGGAUCCCAAGGAGCCGCCAAGUCGACCAAAGUGCUAGAACAGAAAUGCACUACCCUCUCCCUCUCCCUCUCACUCUCACACUAUUUAUACUUAAUGCCUAAACUAAAUAUAAGUCUUAUUGUUUUUAGAAAACAUUUUACUUUUAAGU